GUGAAGACUGCACACCUCUUCAUUUCCAGAGAAGCCACAGCAAGUAACAUGAUCCUAUAAUGUCAGCGCAAAAGAUACAAGUGGCAGUAAUUGGAGGAGGACUGGUUGGUCUCUCAACAGCACUUUGCAUUACAGAAAGUCUUCCGCAGUGCUCAGUCACUGUUAUUUCUGAGAAGUUCUCCCCAAACACCACAGGGGAUGUUGCAGCAGGAUGCCUUAUCCCUCACACCUAUCCUGAUACAUCACUUCAUCAGCAGAAAGCCUGGUUUAAAAAAACUUUUGACUACUUGUUUAAAAUAGCUAAUUCCUCAGAGGCUCGUGAAGCUGGCAUCCAUUUCAUUUCAGGAUGGCAGAUUUUCAAGUCACCUCCUAAAGAAACUCACCCAUUUUGGUGGCAAAUUGUCCUACGCUUUCGCAUGAUGGAAGAAGCAGAGAUGGCAAAAUUUCCAUCUCACACAUUUGGCCAGGCUUUUACAACAUUAAAAUGCCAAGCUUCACAAUAUCUACCAUGGAUGGAGAAAAGGUUUAAAGGCAAUGGAGGAUAUUUGGUAAGCAGAAAAGUAAAUGAUGUCUGGGAUCUACACAGCGCAUAUGAUGUGGUUGUCAACUGUUCAGGACUAGGAUCAAGGGAUUUGUUUGGUGACCAGUCUAUAUAUCCUGUCAAAGGACAAGUACUAGAGGUCAAUGCUCCGUGGAUAAAACAUUUCAUUAGAGACGGUGAUGGGACCACUUACAUUUACCCUGGAAUAUCUGCUGUUACUCUAGGAGGAACAAGGCAGAGGGAUGACUGGAGUUGCUUACCAAAUGCAAAGGCCAGUAAGGGUAUUUUAGAUAGAUGUUGUCAUCUGGAACCUUCCCUGCAUGGGGUGUCCGUAAUUCAAGAGAAAGCAGGCCUGAGGCCAACUCGUUCAGCCUUGAGGAUAGAAAAAGACAUUCUUAUUAGAAAUGGACAACAGCUCCCCAUUAUUCAUAACUAUGGUCAUGGUGGGGGUGGGUUUUCUAUUCACUGGGGAACUGCCAAAAUGGCUACAAAACUACUGCAAGAGUUAAUUCCUUCACUACAUAAGGUUUAUUCAAGGUCAAAAUUAUAAUUUCAAACAAAACACCUGGGAAAUUUACACUUACAUCAGCUCACAUUAUGUUUCCAAUUAAAAUUUUAGGUCUAGAUUCUUUCUGAUUUCGAGUACCAUGUGAUUAUGAAUGAUUACAACACGUUUUUAUUA